AUGGCUGGAGGAUAUGAGCGAGCUACCUGGGCCCUGAUUUGUUCUGGAGCCAAAUUUGACGCUGACCAGAAGGGCAUGACUCCGUUGAUGGAGGGCUUGCUCAAGCUGCGCGUGAAUCCUGCAAACGAAGCAGUCGCGCGAUGCGUCUCGACUCUUGCACAGACAAUGGUUGCGCAGGGAUGUUUCAAACGAGAAUUGGAAGGCCUGAGUGCAAGGCUGGAGGUCUUUGUCCAAGAGCGGUUGAAGCAGAGCUCUGAUCUUAUUGCAGCUUGCAAAGAUUGCGAUCUGCAGAAACUGGACCGUCUCUUGAGAGACUGGGCAGACCCCAAUAGUCGAGACAUCGCCGGAGAUGGACUGCAUGCAGUGCACGUUGCUUUACAUGGUGGGCGGAUGGACUUCAGCGCGGAGAGGGCUGAAGUCCUUCGGAGGCUCUUGGAGUUUCGUGCCUAUCCAGACGCUACGGCAAAAAUGCCAGAGGGUCAGGAGUCGACAGCUCUCGAAGUAGCGUUGAAGAACUCCAACAGGAAAGCGCACAUAGGCGUGGCAGUGCUGAUCCAGCAUGGGGCACGCCACGAGAAGAAGCGCGUCAUGGACUGCUUGCAGUGGACAGCAAAGGAUGCACAAGAAGCUGAGCCACUGGCAGUAGUGCGGCGAUUCCUGGCGACCUGGCGUUUUGUGGUGGACUUAGACCAGUCGUUGAUGCUAAAGGCAUGUCCUUUGGAACUCUUACUCUUUCGCGGCUAUGAAGCUGCAAAACGUUGUAAAGUUGAGGAGGAUGUAAAGCGUCAGGCAGCGCUUCAUGUAGCCAGCAUUCUUUACUCUCAUGGGCAUUUUUUUGAACUUGAAGCGCUCCUUGGGGCAGAUUGCAACCUCCAGGACUUUCGUGUCUUCGUGGUCUCUGGUGCUGGCGGUGAUGGCACAGAUUGCAACGGCGAAUACCGCCAAGUGAGAGAGCACAACGGCAAGCGAUUGUACAAGAUGACUGGAGGUGAUGCCAUCAUCUACUUCCACAGUGGGCGGUGGAACAUGAAGAGCUACGAAGGUGCGGAGUAUACGUGGUUCCAGUCCGAUUGCAUGCCAGCAGAAACUCCGCCUGAAGGGCAAUGGUUCGCAACACGCCGUGAGGCCUCACCUCCCCCCGUGGUAUCCUCCCGGAAGGACCAAGAGCACCUUCUUGACCACGUCCAGCAGAUGGAGUACUGGGUGAGCCUAGCUGUUGCUGCUGAAAGCAGCGAAGGCAAACAUGCUGUACUCCACGCAGCUGUCAGUUGUCAGGCGCUGCAGGACACUGCCGAAGCUGCGUCUGUGCAGCGGGCAGCCGUCACCGUGGCAGGCAUGCUUCGAGGGCAGCAACAGGCUGAGGCUGCAGAAGAACUCUUGCAACACUAUGCUGUGGAGGAUUUCCAAUUGACCAAGAGACUUUUUUCCGGGGGAGAAAUCCGGUCAGUUGUCUGGCGCGGUGACUUCCUGGCAACAAGUCGUAAGACACGGAGAGGAAGCGUGGUAGAAAUCUACAAUGGCGCGAAGGACUUCAUCUCGUUGAAGACACUGGACGAACGAUGUGGCAUCGAGUCAGUUGCCUUGUGCCAGGACUUGCUUGCCAUUGGCGCCGGUCACAAGGUAAAAAUCUAUGAUUCGGCACAGGAUUUCCUCCUGCUGAAGACACUCGAUGCAACCAGCGAGAUCUUCUCUCUGGCUUUCGCCGGACAACUACUCGCCGCAGGCUGCGAUGACAACAGAGUGCGGGUCUACGACCGGGCGCAGGAGUUCGUGCUGGUGAAAACCUUACAAAAAGCGAGCAGCCGCAUCCUGUCUGUGGCGUGGUCUCAGCAUUUACUCGCUGCUGGCGGAGGUGACAAAAUUGUGCGCAUCUAUGACGCAUUGCAGGACUUCACCUUGGUGAAGAGCUUGGGGGAAGCCUCUGGCGUGAUCACUGCUGUCACCUGGUCCGGUGGCCUCCUUGCAGCUGGUGGCCUGGACACCAAGGUGCGCAUCUAUGACUCCUCUCAGGACUAUGUCCUGGUGAGGACUCUUGACCGCGCACGAGAAGGCAUUUUGUCACUGUCUUGUUGCGGAAACUUCCUGGCAACUGGCAGCCUUGAUUGCCGGGUGCGGAUCUAUGACACCAGCCAGGAUUUCAUCAUUGUCAAGGUCCUGGAGAUCCCGAGUGACGUGCGAUCAAGUGUGCGAUCACUUGAUUUCCGCGGAUCGUGUCUUGCAGUCGGGUACUAUCGAGGUCGCAUCUCAAUUUUUGAUGCGGAGAAUCUGCGCUGGGGUGCUUUCGAGGUGGAUCGCCUCUGGGACUUUGCCAAGCGUCCGGAACAGCAAGAGGAGCAGUCGCCUUCCAAGCGUAGUGCAGUGGAAGAUGCUGCGUAG